CUCAAGUCCUCGUGACACUGUGGGAGGAUGGUCUUGCUCCACGGACUGAGGUGGACUCCGCGACUCUAGGCAAGACCAAAAGACCGGGGCGUGGCCGAGCGGCCAGGGGGCGGGGCCCGAGGAGGGCCUCAGCUGUCUUCAGUGAGGCGGCGCCCCGCGCUGCGCUGUUGCCACUCAACUUCAGCUAACGUGGAGGGGCUCGGCAGGAGCCUCCCCUUUACCUUCACUUCUGGAGUCGACUGCCUUGAAUGAGCCUAGCGGGAAGUCCUUGGGAGGUUGCCGAGGGAGGACAUUUCCUGAACUUUCGCUCCUACAAACGACAAAUGGAAACACUGGAAUGAGAAAGCUCAGUUCGACCUCUCUUCCCCUUCCUGACUCAAGUAGGUCAGGUUCAUAUGGGCUUUGUCGGGUGGCCCCACUGUCCGCUCCUUCAUUAACUGGGGGCUGAUGCCCCAGAACUCUCAGGAAAAGAACCAGGCCUAUCUCCGCCGCUGCCCUGGGAGCCACCCAGGUCCCAAGAGCCCCGAGGCCGUCGCAGCCACAGCCAUGUACACCUUCCUGCCUGACAACUUCUCGCCUACCAAGCCCAAGCCGUCCAAAGAGCUGAAGCCGCUGCUGGGAUCCGCCGUGCUAGGGCUGCUGCUGGUGUUGGCUGCGGUGGUGGCCUGGUGCUACUACAGCGCCUCUCUACGCAAGGCUGAACGCCUGCGCGCCGAGCUGCUGGACCUCAACCGCGGCGGCUUCUCCAUCCGCAACCAGAAGGGUGAGCAGGUCUUCCGCCUGGCCUUCCGCUCGGGCGCGCUAGACCUUGACUCCUGCAGCCGCGAGGGCGCCCUGCUCGGCUGCUCUCGCACGGCCGAUGGGCGCCCACUGCACUUCUUCAUCCAGACUGUGCGGCCCAAGGACACGGUCAUGUGCUACCGCGUGCGGUGGGAGGAGGCGGCGCCCGGGCGUGCGGUGGAGCAUGCCAUGUUCCUAGGCGACGCAGGGGCGCACUGGUAUGGCGGCGCCGAGAUGAAGACCCAGCACUGGCCCAUCCGCCUGGACGGCCAACAGGAGCCGCAGCCCUUCGUCACCAGCGACGUCUACUCCUCCAACGCCGCAUUUGGAGGCAUUCUCGAGCGCUACUGGCUGUCAUCACGCGCUGCUGCCAUCAAAGUCAACGACUCAGUGCCCUUCCACCUGGGCUGGAACAGCACGGAGCGCUCUCUGCGGCUGCAGGCGCGCUACCACAAUACCCCCUACAAGCCGCCUGCCAGCCACACCGCUGCGCCCGAGCUCAGCUACCGCGUGUGCGUUGGCUCGGAUGUCACCUCCAUCCACAAGUACAUGGUGCGGCGCUAUUUCAAUAAGCCAUCAAGGGUGCCAGCACCCGAGGCCUUCCGGGACCCCAUCUGGUCCACAUGGGUGCUGUACGGACGCGCGGUAGACCAGGACAAGGUGCUGCGUUUCGCCCAGCAGAUCCGCCAGCACCGCUUCAACAGCAGCCACCUGGAAAUUGACGACAUGUAUACGCCUGCCUAUGGCGACUUUGACUUCGACAAGACCAAGUUUCCCAACGCCACUGACAUGUUCCGCCGCCUGCAGGACGCUGGCUUUCGCGUCACGCUCUGGGUGCACCCGUUUGUCAACUAUAACUCGUCGUGCUUUGGCGAAGGCGUGGAGCGCGAGCUUUUCGUGCGCGAACCCACGGGCCGGCUGCCUGCGCUGGUGCGCUGGUGGAAUGGUAUCGGCGCAGUGCUCGACUUCACGCGCCCCAAGGCCCGUGACUGGUUCCAGGGGCAUCUGCGGCGACUACGCUCGCGCUACGCGGUGGCCUCCUUCAAGUUUGAUGCUGGCGAGGUCAGCUAUUUGCCGCAGGACUUCAGUACCUACAAACCUCUGUCGGACCCCAACAUAUGGAGCAGGCGCUACACAGAGAUGGCGCUGCCCUUCUUCUCACUGGCCGAGGUCCGCGUGGGCUACCAGUCACAGAACAUCUCGUGCUUCUUCCGCCUGGUGGACCGAGACUCGGUGUGGGGCUACGAUCUGGGGCUGCGCUCGCUCAUCCCCGCGGUGCUCACCGUUAGCAUGCUGGGCUACCCAUUCAUCCUGCCAGAUAUGGUGGGUGGCAACGCGGUGCCUGAGCGCACAACGAGCAACGGCGAUGUGCCGGAGCGCGAGCUCUACGUGCGCUGGCUGGAAGUGGCCGCCUUCAUGCCAGCUAUGCAGUUCUCCAUUCCACCCUGGCGCUAUGACGCCGAAGUGGUGGCCAUUGCACACAAGUUCACUGCACUAAGGGCCUCGCUGGUGGCACCGUUAUUGCUGGAGUUGGCUGGUGAAGUCACUGACACGGGCGACCCCAUCGUGCGCCCCCUCUGGUGGAUCGCGCCCGGCGAUGAGACGGCGCACCGCAUCGACUCACAGUUCCUUAUCGGAGACACGCUGCUGGUGGCCCCGGUCCUAGAGCCAGGCAAGCAAGAGCGGGAUGUCUACCUGCCCGCAGGCAAGUGGCGCAGCUAUAAGGGCGAGCUUUUCGACAAGACGCCUGUACUGCUCACUGAUUACCCCGUAGACCUGGACGAGAUCGCUUACUUCAUCUGGGCAUCCUGACCCAGGUCAAGACCCAAAAACCCCACAGCCCUAACCCCAGUAUUCAUGUGGGCCUUUAACCCUUCAUCACAACCAUACCACAUAUCCCCAGGAAGUGGAUACUGACCUAAAUAUGCUGGAGCCAGCUCGUGGGGGGAAGAGGGGGCAGCGAGGGGAAGGAGAAAACGCUGAAGCAGCCUCCCACCCAAUCAGCCCUCUUUUCCUCCAUACUCAUUUCAGUGACAGAAACCUCUUCCCUGGGGUAGGGAUAAGAGAGCUCAGAGGAAAAUUUUCAGCUCUCUUCCUGUUAAACAUGGUUGGGUUUUAAAAGCAUAGAGAGAAUCUUCAGCCCUCCAUCCUGGCCCGAGUGGCCAUCUUUGUCCUUCUGAGGUGGUGACUUGAUCCUCUUUAAGUUCCCAAAAUAGCCCCCUGCCACACUUAGAAAGGGCACAUUCUUGGUGUUGGAAACCAGGCCCUGAGUUCCCAGCCUAAACUGUGGCUGACCUGGUCCCACCCCAGCUGGCAAGAAGGGACGGAGGUACUUGGCCAACUGACAAGGAGACAGAAGGCCCCAUUCCCAGAAGGACAGGGGGACUAGGUCCAGCACAAAGUCAUCAUCACUGUCCUUCAUUUGUGAAGAGAUUCCUAACACUGCGCUUACCCAUCUGUGUACACACAUGGUUCAGCCCUGGACCAGGGCCACUGCCUAAUGGACAAAGACUUGAGAGGCCAUUCAGGCCAGACUUGGUGCCUUAACUCAAGAACCUGUGUGUGUGUGUGUGUGUGUGUGUGUGAGAGAGAGAGAGAGAGAGAGAGAGAGAGCACGUGUGCGAGUGAGCAAGAGCUCAGGAGAGGCACCACGUGUCCCUGGAUCUGUGGCAUAAGCACAAUACCUCUGAGGCUACAUAAGCCUGGAGGGAGUGGGCAGGGAGCAAAUUUGAGCUUUAGAUUGUUGAGUUGGCCCCUUCCUGGGUGAUGCCCUUGGGACUCUAGUAGGAAAUAAAUAACCCUUUCCAGAUUCCUCAGCUACCUCACUCCCUGCACACGUGGCAGGGGGUGUGGCUUCAAAGGGAGCUGGUAUUCUUUUUCUGGUGGUGGUGUGCUUCAGCACGCAAAUUACCAUGCACAUCAACACCUACAAAUUUACAUACAGGGUAAGGUCUUUCAUUUCAGCCAUUUUCCCUUUCUAAGAAGGGCAACUUCAGCUAGAGUGAGUUUGUCUCGACUCUGCAGCUGAGUCUCUGGAAGGAGUGGCUUGCCAGAGGAGGGAGGUGGGGAAACGGGGCAAGGUUCAGCUCUCCUAACAGCUAGGACUGCAGACUCUGUCCCUCACCCCCUAGAGAAUGCAUUUCUUUGCCCACUCCACCCCGCUAUUUUCUCAGCGUGAAGAAUGCUAACGAAGGUUUAGGGGCACUCACUUGUGACUCUACCACUCAUCUACAAGCUGUAUGGGCUCCAGCAAGCUGCUUACCCUUGCAGAGCCUCAGUUUCUUCAUAUGUAAAAUGGUGAUAAUAAUGCCUACCUCCCAGUUUGUUGUGGGAAUUAUAAGCACAGAUGUUUGUAAAGUGCCUGGCACAAGUAGGUGCUCAAUAAAAAUUAGCUAUUGUAA